UUUGAUUUGGCAGGAGCUUUUCUGGUGCCGUAUUUGAUUACGAUUCUCUUCGCCGGUGUCCCCAUGUUUUUUCUGGAGUGCGCCUUGGGUCAGUACUUGGGAAUUGGCGGCCUGGGAGUCUGGAAAGUCACUUCCUUCUUCAAAGGUGUGGGCUACGCCGCCGUCAUCAACGCCGCAUUGCUCAAAAUCUACUUAAUUGUCAUCUUUGUUUGGUGCCUCUUCUACUUCCUCGUCUCUCUCAGCAAAGUCCUCCCAUGGGGCAAGUGCGACAACUGGCGUCGCGUUCUCAUGAUCUCGGGCUGGUUGGAGGACAUUGGCGAAUUUCGCUGGGAACUGGUGGGAACGUUGGCCGUUGUUCGGUUCAUGUGCUACUUUUGCAUCUGGAAAGGAGUCAAAUGGACGGGCAAGGUGGUUUACUUCACGGCCCUCUUCCCUUACUUCCUGUUGACGGUGUUGCUCAUUCGUGGAGUUACUCUGCCCGGCGCCGCCGAAGGUAUCGCUUUCUACCUGACUCCGGAUUUGUCAAGGCUUCGAGACCCGGAGGUAAGUUAUUCUUCGUAAUACAAUACGUCUUAU